AUGGCGCGUCUGAGCAUCCUGCUCGUGAGCUGUCUCACCUUUCUAAUCGGCAUUGUCAGAGCCGACUCCGCAGUGGUGGACCUGAUCCCCAAGAACUUCGACAAUGUCGUGCUAAAGUCCGGAAAACCUGCCCUGGUAGAAUUCUUUGCCCCGUGGUGUGGUCAUUGCCGUAACCUGGCCCCCGUGUAUGAGGAGCUGGCCCAGGCCUUCUCCCACGCGGAGGACAAAGUAACCGUGGCAAAGGUCGAUGCGGACGCAAACCGGGAUCUCGGCAAGCGGUUCGGGAUCCAGGGUUUCCCUACGCUGAAGUGGUUCGAUGGUAAGAGUGACAAGCCGGAGGAAUACUCGGGCGGUCGCGAUCUCGAAAGUCUGUCGGCGUUCAUCACGGAGAAGACGGGCGUUAAGCCUCGUGGUGCUAAGAAGGAGGCUAGCAAGAUUGAAAUGUUGACCGAUUCGUCCUUUAAGACUACCAUUGGAAGUGAUAAGGAUGUACUGGUGGCGUUUACUGCGCCUUGGUGUGGACACUGCAAGAGCCUCGCCCCUACCUGGGAGUCCCUUGCCAACGACUUCGCUCUCGAGCCCAACAUCGUGAUCGCCAAGGUGGACGCAGAGGCUGAAAAUGCUCGGGCUACAGCCAAGGAACAGGGCGUCACCGGGUACCCGACCAUUAAGUUUUUCCCCAGGGGUUCCAAGGAGGCUGUCGACUACGCGGGACCUCGCACUGAGGAGGCGUUCGUGAAUUUUGUGAACGAGAAGGCUGGCACCCACCGUGCUGUCGGUGGAAGACUCGAUGAUAAGGCCGGGACGGUUGUGAUUCUCGACACUCUGGUCGCCAAGUAUACUUCGUCUCAGAGCUUCGAUGAUCUUGUCAAUGAGGUGAAGAAGGCUGCCAAGGGUCUUCAGGACAAGUACGCUCAGUACUAUGUUAAGGUUGCGGAAAAACUGAGCCAGAACCAUGAAUACGCCAGCAAGGAAUUUGCUCGCUUGAAGAAAAUCCUCGAGAAGGGUGGCUCGGCGCCUGAGAAGAUCGAUGACUUCAUUUCGCGCAGCAAUGUGCUGCGUCAGUUCUUGGGCGAGGAGAAGAAGGAUGCUACGAAGGAUGAGCUGUGA